AUGCCAUCCCAUGACCUGCUCAACUAUGGACGGAGACGGACUCCUUUGUUUCCCUCUAUCGAUCCCAACAUCCGCGCCUUCUCCUUGCUGAUCGAUCUGCACAUGGAGGAGACCGACGGCGACAGCAAUGGUGUGUGCUUCCCCUACGAUGUACUACUCGACAUCCUCCGUCGCCUCCCCUGCCGCGCCGUCGCCAAGUCCCGGUGCGUCUGCCUUGUGUGGCGUGCCCUCCUCGACGCCCACAAGCCCCUUCCUCCAAUGGUGUUCUUCAACGUGACCAUCGGCGGCGCCCCCGCAGGCCGCAUCGUAAUGGAGCUCUUCGCCAAGGACGUGCCCAAGACGGCGGAGAACUUCCGCACACUCUGCACUGGCGAGCAGGGCGUCGGCAGGAACGGCAAGCUGAUGCACUUCAAGGGCAGCAAGUUCCACCGCGUGAUACCCGGCUUCAUCUGCCUGAGCGGCGACAUCACCAAGGGCAACAACACCGGCAGUGAGUCCAUCUAUGGCGACAAGUUCCGCGACGAGAAGUCCGUCCUCAAGCACACCAAGCCCGGGAUGGUGUCCAUGGCCAAUGUGGGGCCGAACACCAAUAGUUCCCAGUUCUUCAUCUGCACCAUCCCCUGCCAGUGGCUCGACGGUAGGCAUGUCGUAUUCGGUGAGGUCGUCAAGGGCAUGGACGUCGUCAGGAACAUCAAGAAGGUGGGCACCCGUAGUGGCAUGUGUGCCAAGUCUGUCAUCAUCGCCGACUCCGGCCAGCUUUGA